CGGAGCUACCAAGAUGUUGAACCAAUCUUUUAUCCUGAUCCUGAUCCUGCUGGUUGCAGUCUGUUGUUUCUCGGCGGAAUUGCCUGGAAAUGCCUAUUUGCCACCACUUAAGAACAAUCACCCAGUUCCAGAUGAAAACCCACUGGUCGACAAUGGAUUCCUCUACGAUACCGACCAGGAUCCAUUUGAGAGGUAUGCCCCCAUCUUUGUGGACUAUCCGGGAGUUCAUCAACUUCUGAGGCAGCAACAGGAAUACGCUUUGGAUUUACCCUUCUAAGGAAAGUUUAUUACGGAUUUGUGAAUAACAGACAAUGGUGGAUGUCAUGUGAAAAACAUAUAAUAAAUGAAGGCAACAAUCAAAAAAGUCCGAAGUAUAAGUAUUUACGAAAGAAAUUUAAGAUUUGUUAAGAUAAUUUAAUUUGAAGUAAAUUAAAAAUAGAUUUCACAGAGCUUCAGU